AUUUCAAGCCCCAUGCUUUUAUCAUUCAUUGUCCACGCUUGCCCUCUUAAAAGUUGAGCACCAAUUCACAGCCAGAAUUCUCUUCUGAUAGCAUUGCCAUCUUCCUCCUGCAACUGUCCAAUCGAGUGAUAAUGUAGUGCAAGUUAGUGAAACUGUAUCUUAAAAACAUGCAAAAAAUUAGGCGGUUAACAAGUCUCCAAUUUUCAAGCUGAGGCUAUAAGAUCUUUGAAACCACCGAAAUAUCUCAUGAGGCUAUUGCCUCUACUUUAAUUUUCUGCGAAGACUUCGUUAUUUUUUGGCUCGGAGUAGAUUAGCAAUCGACAUGUCACGGCUCAUCGCUUGUCUUGUUCUCUUGGCUGCGUGCGCAUUAGUCCAGGCUGGCACCAACUUGCCUCAUCAUCUUCAUUCACAGGCCGAUCUGGAGGACAGUAUGGUCAUGGACGAUCCUCACAGCCAUGAUGGCCACGACAUGCACAAGGAUCACAAAAUGGGCAAUAUGACGCAUGACAUGUCACAUGAUAUGAUGAUGAUGAUGUAUUUCCAUUUUGGAGUGGAUCAGUACGUUCUCUUUAAGGAAUGGAAAAUUACAACAGCAGGCGGUAUGGUGGCUUCCGUGAUCGGCGUAUUUCUGAUGGGAAUGCUGUACGAAGGUCUCAAGUACUUCCGAGAGUACCUCUUCAAGCAGUACGUCUCCUCCAUCCAGUUCUCUACGGUGGCCAUAACGGGAGAAAACGGACGCGUCACGCAAGUUCACAAGGUGGAAAAGCACAGAAUGCUAAGUUGGCAGCAUGCAGUCCAAACUUCCCUUCAUAUUGUCCAGAUCGUCGUCAGCUACUUUCUCAUGUUGAUCUUCAUGACCUAUAAUGUCUGGCUGUGUCUAGCGGUUGUUUUCGGAGCCGGCGUCGGUUACUUCGUCUUCGGAUGGAAGAAGGCUUCAGUGGUCGACAUUACAGAACAUUGCCAUUAAUUAGUUUAGCACAAUUUACGAUUCUGAAGAACUCUAAUAAAUUGCAUACACCAUCGUCCUUCAAAAUAACAUCUGAAUACUUAGGCAGGACAUGUGAGCAAGAUUUUAUGAGAUUUUCAUUAUAUUCAAAUUUUAAUUGAAUUAUUUAUUAAUUCAUUGUGAAAUUUUUAAGAAAAAUGAUACAAAUAUUGUUAUAGUAUGGGCAUAAUCUCUCUCAUUUUUGAAAUUAAAAAAAAAAAAAAAGCAUCUUUAAAAUAAUCUAUCUGAAGGGCGAAUAAUGCAUCAUUAUGAAAUAUAGAAUAUUUAUUUUUGAUAUUUUUUUUGUGCCUCAAUCCUUUGAUAUAAAAUAUAACUUUAUUUGUAUAAUCAACAAUCCUACAUAUUUGAUUAUUAACAUUAAUUUCUAAAACCUUAAACAGCUUUCCUUAAUUCCCAGCUAAAAUUAUAUAUAUAUAAAAAAUGUUUGCUUUCAUGGAGAACAUUUCACUAUAAUUUAGCGUACUCCCCUACCCCCCACUAAAAAAAGCCCACAUUUCUUAUUUACAGUAAAUUCAAAUUUAUGAAUAUAGUUUCGCCUCCUUCCCUUUCCUUGCUAUUAUUAUUUUAUAUUCUUAGUUUUCUAACUUGGAAUUUGUAAAUCUUAAAUUUACUAGAGUAUUUAUUACAUAUUUAUAAAAACAUUUUAAAUAUCUUUCAUAAAUAAAUUAUUAAAUACAUGAUAUAGACAUACAGGGAAUUUAACUUUAAUCUGACAUAUUUUUAAAAACAUGAAAAGAAACUAUGCUUGUUAUUUUUUAAAUUCAAACUUAUUAGUGCAAUAGGAAUUUGUUGCAUUUUCAAGCUAUUGCUUUAAUCAAACAAUUAAAAUAUAACGUUUCUUAAUUUCAAAAUAAUGAAAUCGCCCUUUUUACUAAUAUAUGCAAUGUCUUUACUUAGUUUUCAUAUUAAUUUACAUACAUGAUAAUCAGGAAAUCCAAGUAGAAAUAUUUAAAAAAAGUUCCAUAGUUUCAAUAAAUUAUUUUCAUAAUAUGUAAAGUAUUUUUUUGUAUGAAUUUGAAAUUCAAAAGGAAAAAACAAUAUUUAUUUCAUGAAUUAUUUAUUCAGAUUACAUAUACAUGAAAUAACACACAGAAAAACAUGAGCUUGUUGAUGUCUUUGUUAUUGUAUGGCCUGUACAUAUGAAUGUAUAAAAUAUUUGUAAAUUGCAUAAAUAUAUUCUUUGUAUUAAAAUGAAAUGUGUACAUAAAUUUAUACUUUUGAAUAAAAUUUAUUAUUUUUAAA